AUGGUAUCUUUUAGCCCGGCAUUGGUGUACUUGCUGGUCAGCAUGGUCCUCUUUGGGGUCGCUGCCCUCUCUCUACCACUCUCCCCGGUCAUCUCUAUUCUGGCCACUCUCCUCCCUAUCCUCGGCUUCCUCAACGCCUACAUCCAUCCAUCGCUGCUACGUGUCGCCCAUGCUCCCACAUCUUCCCGCCUCCGACGGCUUGCACCUUUAGUACUGCAAACACUCCAGGCCCUCCUCACGACUAUCCUAGCCACUUUGUUGUUCGAGGGGAUCAUUCCCUCACCCGCGCUCAACUGUGUGCUGGAGAAUGACUGGAUGCGUAUGUACCGCAAUCAUGACGAUACACGCAUCCGGCGUAUUCAGGAUAUGAUGAACUGCUGCGGCUUCAAUUCGGUCAAAGACCGCGCCUAUCCCUUCCGUUCCGGACCUGGGAGUCAGUGUGCGGAGAUGUUCGGAAGGACCGAGGCCUGCAGAAAACCUUGGACAGCCGCGUUGCGCAGCUCCUCGGGAGCAGACUUUGCCGUGGCCAUUGCCGUGGGCUUAUUGCAGGUGAUUGGGCUGCUUCUCAUGCGUGACGGGGCGAGCUGGUGGACAGCUUGGAGGACAGCUGGCAGAGACGAUACGAGGGAUGCAGGCCGCGAAUCGAGACGACCUCUACUGCCUGCCGUUCCCGAGGUUGAGGAAGAGAGUGUUGAAACUGUCCCCCGAAGCUAUGGUUCAACGCCAGGUGAAGAUGCUGGCCCACGGGGUGAGCAAUCUCCGAUGAACGAGAGGGCUGCUUGGGAAGACUAG